AUGCGAAGGAAUACCAUGUACAAAGGAUUUUCAGAAAAUGACACUACGAUCAUUGAUUUUUGGAAUAUUAUUGAAUCAUUUUCAAACGAUAAGCAAAGAAAGCUUUUACAAUUCAUCACAGGAUCCAACAGAGUACCCUUUGAAGGCUUCUCUAAACUGUCUCCCCUUCUCACCAUUCAAAAAAUCGACGAUGACACAAACAAAUUGCCAUCAGCUAGCACUUGUUUCAAUUUAUUGAAACUUCCUGAUUAUAACAAUGACAACAUGUUAAAAAACAAACUUGAAAUUGUGCUCGAGGAAGGUUUAACAGGAUUUUCAUACUCUUAA